UAAAAGAAAAUUAUCCCUUCUGUUCUUUCCACGGUACCUACAGCAUUACAUAAUUCUAUCAAGCAAUCUGGCACGGAGGAAAAUUUCAAAAACAAUACCUAUAGGAUAGACUGACAAAUAUUAGAAACAAUAUUUCUAAUAUUUUAAAAUAUAGUUUAUUAAAAUAUUCAGUAGUGCCUCCUCUGCUGCCUCCCCAGCACUUUUAACAAUAACACUGCAAACAUCGUGGAUGAGAAGAAAGGAGAGCAAAUGGAUGGCAGGACACAGAGAAGUCCGUAUCUUAUUUAUCUAAAAAUCACACAACAACACGCAUUUGCCUUUCUCUGAAGGUACACAACGGAUUUAUACAAACUCCUCUACAGUUUUCGACGGUGUCGCUCCGACGCUUAAAUGAAAGGGUGGUGGUUUGUUUUUUGUGUGUUUUUUUUAUGUGAGGGUUUUGAACGGGGGUGUGUGUUAAAUGUUGGGGGUUUUGUGACAUCACCAGGUUAAAAUACCCAAUCAGCUUCCACUCUGGAGAAAAUUAUUUCGUGGGGUGUUUCCUAUAAUAUACUGUACUUCCAAGUCCGUCUUGAAGAAAGAAGCGGAGUCGGGGGCGAAGGUGGCCACGAUGCAGAUUUUGGUGUGCGCGCUGUGGCGGAUUAAACGCCUUCCUCCACGUUUUGGGGACUGCCUGGGAGGAAGCGUCGCCGCUCUUUCUCUAGCUCUUCGCCUGGAGCUUUUGCUUGGUUUUAAAGAUCAGAAGGGGAGCUUUUAAAAAGGGAGAGAGGCACGGGGUGGGGUGGGGGGCGUCAUUUCAAGUCCUUUCCCUGGCCGGACGCUCGCCCCUAGGAGGUUGGUGGGAAAGAUUCGCUUUCAGGAGCAAAAAGCAUCCAGAGGAAGGGAAAGGAUUACGCCAAGUCAACGUUUUUCUCUUUUGCGCCCCCCCCCCUUUUCUGGAUUUUUAAGAGAGCGGAGGAAGAAAAGAAGCUCUUCGGAAGGAGUGGGGGGGGGGAGAGAAGGCGGUUCUGGAUUCCCGAGAUGCGUUUGAAAGGAAAAUUCAUCACUCCACUCCACGACGAGGGGUUGAUGGGGGGGUAGGGGGAAGAUGGGGAAGAGCUGGGCUCCCCCACUGCUGGCCAUGAAGGGCCCCCCUUUCUUCAAAUAAACAGACAAACAAACAUGUUCCUGACCUGACCGGCGAGAUACUCCCAGUCGCCGCCGCCGCCAACACCAUGGAUUACAAUGGAGAGUUCCAAGCUGGUUACCAGGAAAUCGACGGCAUCAGUUUGGGUUACCUGCAGAUUAACGGCACCCGGAUGUUCGCUCUCACCCAGGUCUUCAGCGACCUGUUUAAGGACAUCCCCCGGGCCACCGUGAGCAAAAAAAUGGAGAGCCUGAAGAUCCAGAGCCGCCGGUGCGACCUGAAGGAGCUGCGCACCCUCAAAGCUAUCCAGUCCGUGCCAAUGCGCGCCGUCAAAUGUUCGCUCAUCUCCAAGGCGGACCUGGAGGCCCUCUGCACCUCCUGCAAGGCCUUGGCCCCCAGGAAGAGGAAAAGGAAGAGCAAGAGCAAGAGGAGGGAGCCCGCGGGCCGGUUCAAUCGGUCUCGGCUACUCUCCGACAGCGCCUUUCGUGCCAACGUGGGCGCCGGCUGCGCCAAGCGAGAAGCGCUCUUGCGGGAUCCCUUCGACAGAGGAUACAAGAAAGCCGCGCCACCCGCCCGAAGCUACAGCCGGAGCGUCCGGGGCCACCUCCUAGCCGGCGUGCUCAGCGCUUACCCCGCCGACCUGCAGCUCCUACACUCCGCGGUCCGGGCGAACGGGGCCGGCGGCCAGACGCCUCGCGCCCCCGACGCCGGGCGGCCCAAGCGUUCCGCCUGCGGUUGCCUAAACAAGAAAGGUCGCUCGGCGCCCUUCGCCGGCUCCAAGCGCCAAGGCACCUCGGCCGGCUACUCCAGCGACUCGGAUUCCAGCGGCGCCUCCAGCCCGGCCACCUCGAGCGACUCCUCGGAGGAGGAGGAGGAGGAAGAGGAGGAGGGCUCGUCCUGCAGCAGCGACGAGGGCAGCUCCUCUGGCUCGGAAAGCAGCUCCCUUUGCAGCGGAGACUCAGUGCAGAGCACCCGGUACAGGCAGGCGGCCCUUCCCCGCCUCCCAGCCCAACCCGCCUGUUCCCCUGCCCUCCCCGGCGGGACCAAAGGCCUGCGCCCCGACCCGAACCUACUUUUCUGGGCCCGGACGCUGCGCGCCUCCACUUUAGAAAGUUUCCUGCCCGUUCCCCCUAACGCGCCGAAGGAGCCCCGGCGGGAGGAACCGGAGCUUCGGGUCAAGCAAGAGGCCGGGAGUCCUCCGGCGGGGAGUCCUCCUGGCGGCCCUGGCGACGCGAGCAGCCCGAGCCCGCAACCGAGGAAGGGACCCUUGGAGCCCCGCGCUCCGGACUCUGAAGAGGAGGACUUGGCUAAGGCCGCCGCCGCCGCCGCCGCCUCCCACAGCUCCAGCUCCAGGGAGGGCCUGCGUCUUGGUGAGCCGGGCAAACCUGAGGGGGAAUGCCCUCUCCGAGAGGAGGACGCCGCCCAGGAAGCGUCCGGGCGAGAGGCUCAAUUCGACCGGCUCAUCCGUCAGUCCAAGCUGUGGUGCUACGCCAAGGGCUUCAACGUGGACGGGAAAGGGUUGCGCCGGGCCGAGCAGGCCAAAGGGACUUCGUCCACCCCCAAGGCCGGCCUCCUCGGCCUGGCCAACAAACCUUUGAAAGGCGGCAGAGACUCGGAAAGGAACGCCAAGCGCCGACGCGCCGAGCGGGAGAGGCAGGCCAGGGGGAGGCCCCCAAAGAUGCCCAGGAAGACGAGCAGAAAAGGGGCCAGCCCGCCUUGCAAACGCUUGCUCAGCCCUAGCCCAGCGCCUGCCAGGAACCCUUUCACGCUCAUGGGCAGUUUCCCCUGUACGCCCGCCUUGGUCGUCGGCUCCGACGGGGACCUCUGCCCUGCGUCUUCCCUGUGCGUAAAAGACUCGUGCGCCCUCUCCAAAACGCAUCCGCUUUGGACCUGGCAGCUGGGGAGCAAUGCUAUCCCCGUGCCCCCCAGCCUGAAAUUCCGGGGAUACGGCUUAGAGGAUGUGUAGAUGGAGGAUUUAAGACGAGUUGCUUGCAACAGGUUGUCGGGUGUUGUGGGGGGUAUAAAUAGAAUAUGCAGCUAAGAAAAGGAAAUCUGGCUUUAUAAUUCUGUAUCUACCCGGAAGUAACUUUAUGGGGUUCAGUGGCCUUUCAUUUCAGUUUGCCGUUGAUAGCAGCUUGUGAUUUUGAAACAUACUCGCCAAGAAAUAAGUUCCAUCGCUACAGAUGGGGCUGAUUUUAGAGCAUCAGUGCAAUGCACCUCUGUUCGGGCUUAAGUCCUUCUGAGUUUACUGAGGCUUACUCUCAGGUAAGUGGGUAUGGGAUUGUAGCCUAAAUGCCUUUCAAGGAUAAGACAUCCUGAUCCCCAAACCAAUAUUUUUUUCCCGAAAUUCUCACAAAAAGAGGUUCUCAAGACACCACAUUCCCCCUUCAAACUGGAAUUUCUGGCAUUCAUUUAGUUUUUUUUUCCUUUUUUCCGGUCCCCUUCUUUCUUUUUUUUUUUAAGUGCUGUCAUUUUUCGUUUUCUUAAAAUAAUUCCCAACUCAUAAAAUGUUGAUCUUUGAAUGCUACUGGAUAAAAACCUCUAGUAUGGAGGGCUGUUUAAAAGAAAAUCAGUAAUAUCACCUUUUCCAGUAUUGGUGGGUGCACAUGAGUUGAAGAACCUGGAGAAUUAAAUUGGGUGUGAAUUGUUAAUUUAAUUUAAUUUUUCUAACGCAGAAAGCAAUGUUUUGAAUAUAUGUACAAUAUUUAUACUGUCAGAGCUGGAUAGUUCGAAGAAUUAAUCAUAAUAUAAAGACAAAGAAGGCAGCUGGGGGCAGACCCAGGCUCCCCUCCCCCUCCUUCUAGCAUGGAGUGGUUUGAACCAAGCAAAGAAAUUUAGAAGAGCGGUGGGUGUGUUAAGGGGAAUGAGAAAGUUUGGAGCAAUCUUCCCUUCCCCCUCCUCUAAGUUAACUCUUUUCCCUCCCUCCCCCCAUUCACCAAGUAAAAAGUGUACUCAUACCCCUCCCCUCCCCCCCACCUUUCUUCCUUAAUUUGGAAGAGAAAUGGAAUGGCCUUUCAACCAUUGCACAUUAAACUCAUCAAAGCAUCACUCCCUCCCCCCUCCUUCCACCCACUUCCUGAUUAAGAAAGACAAAAGUGACUAUUUUAUACCCAACAGCAGAACUUGAAAAGAGAGAGGGAGAGAAAUGUGCAGAAAAUAAUUAUCUUGUUAUCCUGAAAAAAAGGGGGGGCAGGUUAAUGCAAACAAGUUAUUUCCAGCAAACAUCUUUGUAUUUCGUCGUUUACUAAAGAGGCAAAAGAGAGGGAGGUGAACUUUUCCGAAAAAUUGCACCAAAGACAAAAAGAAAACAACAACAAAAAAGAAAGGGGUUAUUUGAACCAAUUGGAUUUUUACAGGGGGGUUGUUGGUUAAUAGAACCCUGACUUCAGUAGCCUAAGGUAACAUUCUGUUUAUGUAAAAUUUUACUGGAAAAAGAAGGGAAUUGGAUCCAGGGGCAUAUUUGCAAUGAAUUGCAGAUGGACAAUUUGAUCUCCAAGAGGGAGUGCAGAAAAGAGGGAGUCUUUUUCUCUUGCCAGAGGAAACAAAGCAUUCCUCCCCCAUGCAAACAACUCUUCUUUAUUCCUCCUCCUGCAUUAGUUGUUCCUCUUUGUCUUCAAAGGUUUCCCUGCCUCUCUGAAAUCAAAUCCAAACCAAAUCUUCCCAACUCCAAGGGGGAGAGAAAAUGCGUAUUUGCAAGUCAGCCUCUGUAUGUUUCCAGUUUCAAAAUCAGAUCACAGGAUGGGAAAUCAAACUCUUUACUCCUGAGGAGGCCUGCUGCUGCUGCACAAUCAGUGGGGGACUGCGCAGAGGAGCAAUUCUUUAAAAGUGCAAAUCAUCUGCUGGAAGGCAAAUACUUCUAAUAUUAUUGGGCCUUAGAUCCCAAAGUCUAAACAUAUUUAUUUGGAAAUAAUCCGUUUAUUGACUGGCUUUUACUCCCAAGUGACUGUGGUCUGGAACAUUACCAUGAUAUUUAGGACUGAAAUGAAAUCCCUGCCAUUUAAAAAAAUAUAUUAUUAAAAUUACAUUUUUCUGCCUACUAAGAAGGAAGAGAAAUUAAGAAUUAACAGAAAUCCUAGGUUUCACUAGGGAAAAAUACUGGCACCUUGGAUUUCAAAUUCAUUUGGAAUUACACUGAUUUGUUACAGUAAAGCAAACUGAACUUGGAAUAUAUACAGAAGCAUUUAAAAGAAGCAUUUAAGGCUGCGAUCCCAAACACAAUUACAUGGAAGGAGGAAGCCCCCCUGCAGCUUCUGGUGCUUACUUCAUGAGUGAAAUGUGUUUAUGAAUUAAUAUUUACAUAAUUUUUGGUAGCUAUUUCACACAUUUGGGGCACUUGAACAGCUCCUCAUUUGUUUUGAUUUUACAGGAAAAAUUAGCACUGAAAUAUGUCCACACUUAAAAAAAAAAAGCAA